AUGGCCCAACUCAGGCUGAGAAAAUUCUAUGCUUUUAGACUUGUAGAACAAGGAUUAUUAGAUUAUAAUGAAAAGGUUUCCAAAUAUUGGCCAGGAUUUGCACAAAAUAAUAAAGAGAAUGUGACAUUACUAGAAUUGGUAACACAUAAAGCUGGAGUAGGAUAUAUUGAUUCACAUCAAAUCAGUAAUAGAGAUUUACAUGAUCUUGAUAAAUUAUCUGAAAUUUUGGCCAACCAACCUCACAAUUUUGAUGGUAAACCAACCAAAGCUUAUCAUGGAGUUAGUCGUGGUUGGUAUUUAAAUGAAAUUGUUCGUCGAGUAGAUCCAAGACAUCGUACAAUUGGACGGAUAGUUAAAGAAGAGAUUAUGCCUAUUUAUAAUUUAGAAUUUUACUAUUCCAUAUUUGACAUCAAUAACAAUGAUAAUAAUGAUAAAUUGAAAUCUGCUUAUGAAACAAGAGUCUCCAAUAUCUACACCUACCCAUUACUACGUCUUUUUAGUAAAAUAUUGUUACCUCAAUGGAUGAUAAAGGAACCUUUACACAAGAUAUUUAAUGAAAUGAUGAACAGUGAAAGUACUGCUUUUAAAACAUUGGUCAUGACUUCACCUGAUAAAUCUCAACCACAAGAAUGGAAUAAUUUGGAAAUGUUGAAACCUGAGGGCCCAAGUUAUAAUGGAAUCACCAAUUCUAGAUCAAUGGCAAAAUUAGGUGCUAUGAUGGCAAAUGGUGGUAAAUCAUUACCAAUCAAAAACAAAAACAAUAAUAAAAGUAAAUUUUUAUUAAAAGAACCUGAUUUAAUGUCAUCAAAAACUUUUAAACUUGUAACAAAAAAAUUAGCACCAGAAUUUGACAAUGUAUUGCAAGAAGCCUUCCCAACAUCAAUUGGUGGAUUUGGAUAUUUUAAAUUGGAAGGAUUAGAGGAUGUUGAAUUAGUUGGAUGGGGCGGAUCAGGUGGAAGCAUGUUUUUAUGGAAUGAAGAACUGAAAAUUAGUUUUGCUUAUUGUAUGAAUGCCUUCCAUACUGCUUUAUUAGGUGAUAAAAGAAGUUUAAAAAUGAUAAAAGAGGUU